AUGUCUCGUCGCUACUACGUCGAGACUUCUCCCUCCGGCCGGCCGCAGUUCGUCACUCUCAAGCGCUCCCGCUCACACCACCACCACCAUCACCACCGGCCCAUCGAGCACGACGACUGCUUCGUCAGCAGGGAGGACUGGAAAGCUCUCGUCGAGCGGGAGCGCUGCCUGCGCGAUGCCAACGACGUGCUGACCCGUGACAACUACACCCUCAAGUGCACUCUGCAGGCCACGGACGGCGAGCUGCGCCGCUACCAGGCCUGGGUGCCGCAGCUGCAGGAUCGCAUCCAGUGUCUCGCCGCCGACAAUGCCGCGCUCAAGAGGUCGCUCGACAGCGCCGGCGGCCACUCGGAGAAGCACUAUCGCGAGAUUGAACGCCUCAAGCAGAGGCUUCUCAAGGCCGACAGAGAGAUUGGGGGACUCAACGACCGCCUCAAGGAUAUGCUGCGGAGGGCCGGCCACGGCGUGCAGGAUCGCAUUGACGACCUGACUGGCAUCAUUCACGACUGGAAGCGCAAGUUUGAGGUCGUGGACGAGCACAAUAUUCGUUUGCGGCGCGAUCUGGAUAAUCGAAACUCGGUUAUUUCGGAGCAGUGCGAGCGCAUCGAUGCGUAUGAGCGGAUUAUGAGACGGCAUGGGCUUGUGCCACGGUGA